GAACUAAGCUAGCGGUUACAUUCUUUUUAACAAAAAAGAAUAAAGAAAAGUCUCCUAGCUAAAACAAGAAAUCAUAAAUCCUUUUUUGACAAGAAUUAAUAUAUAUUGUCUUAGCUCCCCAAACCCAGAAAAACAAAAAGAAAAAGAAAAGAUGAGCUCCGCAGGCACCGCUCUGUCUUCGAAUCCGUUAAUUCAGUUGAAAGCCUCACCUAAAUUUCGCGCCAAAAAGAAAACUGCCAAUUUCUCAGCUCGUCUUGACAAUUCCAAGGCCAACCCAACAGACCCACAACUCAAUCUCUCUGUGCUCCGCUUCACACUCGGAAUACCUGGGCUGGACGAGUCCUACUUACCCAGAUGGAUCGGAUACGGGUUCGGUUCACUUUUGCUCUUGAACCAUUUUGCUGGUUCUGGUUCACCUACCCUAGCACAGCUUAGAACAGAGGCCUUGGGUCUAUCUUUGGCUGGUUUCUCCAUAGCACUUCCCUAUCUUGGAAAGUUUCUCAAGGGUGCUACUCCAAUGGAUCAAACGAGUAUCCCAGAGGGGUGUGAGCAAAUAUUUAUGAUAUCAGAAACUACCUCAAAUACUCGGAAGGAGGACUUGGCUUGGGCUACGUACAUUUUGUUGCGCAAUACAAACAGCAUAUCAGUGAUAAUAUCAGUUCGAGAUGAACUAUGUGUGCGUGGUUACUGGAGCAUACCAGAUGAUGUUUCAAAACCCAAUGUACUUGAUUGGUUUGAGAAACAUAUCAGAAGCAUUGGCCUCUCUAAUUUGAAGGAAACCCUAUACCUUCCUCAAAUUGAAGAUUCUGGACUCUGGGAGAUGCUACCCAAGGGGACUCGUUCACUUCUCGUACAACCAGUGCUGCAAGUUUUGCACCCAAGUGACAGUGGAAAUGAACAAAUUCAGGGAUUUGUCUUGUUGGCUUCAAGCAUGAGGUAUAUUUUUCAAGCGUACACUUCUGAAUUGAGAAGAGAUGAGUAAACUCAGAAACACACCUCUCCUGGGCGAGAGAAGUAGACUGUUGUACUGGAGGGAAGCCCUGGAAGGACUAAGCUAUGCACACGAACUCCAUCUUCACCCAAAACUUGACCCCUUGCCUUAUUGGACAAAUCAAGAAUGAGUUCCAAGGCAUAAAAUGACACUAUGAAAAGACUAAGUUUUGUAUUUUAGCUACCUUAACAUCUGUUGAAAUGUCUUCUCUGUUAUAGAUCUGGCCAAGGUUAGAGAGGUUGUUGGCAAUUUGGGUUGCAUCUGAUGAUGGAAGAUCCUGUUUCCGAAAGAUGAAUUUAGCAACAUCAUUUGCAAGAGAUUGUAUUUUCUGCAUCUCUUAAGCCUGCUGGGUACUGAACUACUGAUGUUAAUAAAAGUAAAUUUACUCUUGACCUUUCAGGUCAAAA